CUUCAAUCCUCUCGUCGACAACCGCACGACACGACAAUACCGCCCACCAUGUCUUCCAAGGUCAAGGCUGGUCAGCUCUGGGGAAAGAACAAGGAUGAUCUCACCAAGCAGCUGGAGGAGCUGAAGCAGGAGCUUAGCCAGCUCCGCGUCCAGAAGAUCACUGGCGGUGCCUCGUCGAAGACCCAGAGAAUCCACGACGUCCGCAAGUCGAUUGCUCGUGUCCACACCGUCAUCAACGCCAACCAGCGCGCUCAGCUCCGCUUGUUCUACAAGAACAAGAAGUACCUCCCUCUCGAUCUCCGCCCCAAGCUUACCCGUGAUCUCCGUCGCCGCCUUACCAAGCACGAGGCCUCCCUCAAGACCGAGAGACAGAAGAAGCGCGAGAUCCACUUCCCUCAGCGCAAGUUCGCUGUUAAGGCUUAAAUGAAGUCGGGUCGUGUCUGGAUUUAGAUGGAGUUCCGGGAACGUCGUUAUAAAGAUGACGGGUUGGACCACCUUGUGUGGGUCGGUUGCACCAAAAACGUCUUUUAAAAGAAAUUGAUUAUGUAUCUUAGAAAAAGAUGCAAGUCGAUAUUAAAUGAAGGCUUUACUUGACAUGACAAUGAUAAUGCACGACUUCCGACCGUGAUGUGACGAGUUCCUUAGAAUCCGGCAAUCCAAUUCCUUAGGGGCGAUGGCUCGAGAAGGGGUCUUUCCUGGUCGAUACUCGUUUCCAUGCAGUACCAUUUAUGCUUAAUAGGAAUCCUAUGGUGGUGUUACAAGGAACAAAUCCAGACAGAUGAAUGUUCUUGGUCCGGGAUUCUGCGCUAUCAUCGUCUUCAUACACAACCACGUAGACCUAAGAUCUCUAUUAGACUGGUCCUUAUGCCCCCAGACAACAAC